UGGGUUGGCCAGCUCAGUCUUGAGGUCGAGUGUGUGGCCGAGACCAGAAGUGCGUCUAUUGACAGUGGAUUAACAUACUGUUCUUUCUUUAGGCACACGAUCAUCGAGCGGUCGGCCGGGGCCGAGUCAGGCAAUCGUAUGGUCACUUGCACAUUCGAGUGGACACAAUGCGUGUGUAGUAAUAGUCGUGCAGUGCUUGCGGAACACCCGGUGCGAUAUAUUCCGUCACUUGAAUAGCGGAUUACCUGGCACAGGAAACUUAAGUACAAACAAUGAAUCAAAUCAUUAGUAUCGUAUGUUAAGGACGCAUACUACCCGGAAGCAUAGGCUAUAUAUAGUGCAUUCAUCUCUGACCUUGAUUAUUAAUAAACCUAUUUAACAUUUCAUCCAUUGUGCUAUAUAUAUAUAAGUACCGUGGUAUAGUUCUCGCCCGUGAGACAGACCAACAUCACUAACAGAAACUGUCGACGGGUGGAUUACUCUAGUCUGCAUCAUCACUAAGAGCAGAGUGUAACCCGAGCAGAGCACGGCGCGGCUUGGAACAGACAGACUUGUUUACAUUGUAACGAAGCAAGUGUGGGACAGACUCUCACGACCACACAGCCAGCCAAUUAAACACCUAAGUUUUAUUGAGUCUGUGGUUUACUCUUGUUGCCACAACAACCAGCGACCACAUCUGAUUGUGCCACCAACCUAGCGUUCUGAGGUGAUCUCUGGCGGUCAAGUGACAUGUCACAACAUAGGCUGCCGUGUCUGCGAUGAGUCAAACACAACAGACUCGCUUCUCAGAUUUCUAGGUCAGCACUUCAUCGAGCUCGACCUAGAUUCACUCGCCCUCCUCCAAAUAAGUUUUCCAAAGAAACGAAGCACCACAAGGUCGGCGCCGCCUUCCACACGUCACCAUUCCCGUGAGCAGCCAGGCGUCCACACUGUAUCAGCCGGGCUACUCCCCAGCGUCCAGCAUGCUACUGGAAGGCACCUCACCGGACAUGAUGUCCGCCCAGUCCAAGCUGCUGUUUCAAAUCAACAAGUACUACAAUGAAAGGGUGCACGCCAGGAAGGCCAGCAUCAACAAGACCACCAGAGAGGUGUGCAAGGUGGUUCAAGAUGUCCUCAAGGAGGUGGAGGUCCAGGAGCCCAGGUUCAUCAGUUCCCUGACUGAGGUCAAUAUGCGCUAUGAAGGUGUAGAGGUCAUCUCCCCAACAGAAUUUGAGGUCGUUCUUUACCUCAAUCAAAUGGGUGUCUUCAACUUCGUAGACGACGGUACCAUUCCUGGCUGUGCGGUUCUCAAACUGUCGGACGGCCGCAAGAGAUCCAUGUCCCUGUGGGUAGAAUUCAUCACCGCCUCGGGUUACUUGAGCGCCAGGAAGAUACGAUCUCGGUUCCAGACUCUGGUGGCCCAGGCCGUAGACAAGUGCAGCUACAGGGACGUGGUCAAAAUGAUUCCAGACACUACCGAGGUCAAGCUCAGGAUCAAAGAGCGCUACAUCGUACAGAUAACCCCGGCCUUUAGGUGUGGGGGGAUCUGGUGCAGGUCCGCGGCUCACUGGCCGGUGCCGCAUGUAUCGUGGCCUAACCCAAACUUGGUGGCCGAGGUGAAGACAGAAGGUUUCGACCUACUGUCCAAGGAAUCCAUCUACAUGAAAGACAAACAGUCAGCGGCGGAGGGCGACGCCUGGGUCAUGUCAUUCCGUUACGCAGAGGACAGGCUUUUGUAUGGCGGGUGCCGGCGAAGGUGCCUCAGCAUCUUGAAAACUUUGCGCGAUCGCCACCUCGACAUCCCCGGCCAGCCCAUCCUCAACUACCACAUGAAGACUCUGCUGCUGUACGAAUGCGAAAAGCACCCAAGGGAGAUCGAGUGGGACGAUACUUGCAUCGGGGACCGCAUUAACGGCAUCCUACUUCAACUCAUCUCCUGCCUACAGAACAGGCGCUGCCCACAGUACUUCCUGCCCACCGUGGAUCUCUUCAAGGGCAAGUCUGCCGCUGCCAUGGACAACGUCGCCAAGCAGGUCUGGAGGCUUGUGCGAGAGCUUUUGACCAAUCCGAGGAGCUUCGAAGCUCUGUAACUAUAAAUUAGCCCACGAUCUUAUCUACUCGACACUCAACACGAAGAGUGACCAUGAUCCAGUCAUGGCGAGUAUUUGUGGACAGUGGUCAAAACCGCAGACUACCUUGCCUCAGUUUUAACAGACUUUAAAACUGAACAAAGCGAGCCUGACUUCACAAAACUAUGUCCGCGAAGGUUGAUCUAUUUCUGAAAGGAUUACUAUUAUUCCAAGUAGUAAGACGCCUGGACUUUGUUGUGCAUUUCGUGGACUCGCAAGUGUUAAGAUUGUGAUGGAAUUAGAUCUCUAUAUUCUCUUUGUGCCCACUUGACUGCAGCACACACGGGGCUUCAAGACGACAGGUUGGCCACUCUAGAACAUAUUACAUAUGCAUAGUAUGUGUGUCUGCACGCAUUCAAUAAGGUUGGCUUUUGUAUUCUAACAUAGUCCUACAAUACACAUGUGUGACAGAUAAUGUGAGACUAAUAAUACAAUACAAGAUUUUUUUAAAUACAACAUCUCGUUAUGUACAUGCGCAUCGUGUGUGUGUGUGUGUGUGUGAGUGUACGUGGUUCGUGAAACCAAUCAUUUAUUUAUCUCUCUAUUGAACGUAUGUAUGUACACAGCCCUGAGCUCCUCCAAUAAAACAUUCAGCUAACAGAA